AUGGACUUACCCAGCGAUCUUCAGCGUUGGAUCCAGCUUGCUUGUAGAGAAUUUGGUGUUGAAAAGAUCCAACAAGUAAUGCAACCAGAAUAUUAUAAAGAAAAUCCAACAGAGUUUGUUGAAUUAAGGGCUUUGAAAAGUUAUUCGCAAAUUAAUGAGGAAUUUGGCUCGAGUUACCGGAGUUACCCGCUUCCUUUGGACUCUAGCGAUCUGCUUCCAGUUGGUACUAUCAGUUGUGUUCGACCAAUUGCUCAAUAUUGUAAUCAAGCAGUAUCAGGUACUAGUUACAAAUUGCAAGCUAAUCCUUACUCGUACGAAAAACGACUACAAGCUCAAAGUAACCACCAAUAUGUUCCAGGAGACGCAGCCAUGAAUGAUAGACCAAUAAACCAGCAUUGUGAUUUGAACACUUCACAGAUUGUUCGUUCUAGCAGUAAUAUAUCACAAACUGUAAGUUCUCAAUCAAUCCAUGGAGGAACUUAUAAUCAAGUCUCAGAAGGGCCAUUGUUAACAGAAAACAGUAUGCUAAGGGUACCAGUACCAGGAAAUUCCUGUGCUACCAUGUCAGUUGUGCAAAAUUCUACGAGGACGCGUCAUUAUUGCCCAUUCUGCAAAAAGGAGUUUCCCCAGCGAAGAGCCUUAAUCGAACAUAAUAGUACAUUUUCGCACCAGAAUAAUGUUGAAAAAAGCGCAGGAGCUCCAGGCUCUAGCUCUCAUUGCAAAAUUUGCGACAGAAUUUUUACAUCAAGGGGUUACUUGAUUCAACACAUUAACGCACAUCAUAGUAACAAAGCCUUCAAAUGUAGAAAAUGUGGGAAGCGGUUUUUUACUAAAGAAGAUUUAGAUACACACGCUGAGAAGCAUUACGAUAGUAAAAAAAGAUUGAUGUGUCAAUAUUGUCCUAAAACGUUCAAUUAUACUUCGGAUUUGUCUCGCCACCAGUCUUUGCAUACAGGUAGAGGUUUGUUGAAGUGUUCUUGUGGGAAAUUGUUUGUCAGAAGAGACCAUAUGGCUAGGCAUGCUCUGCACUGUUUAGGCAAAUGA